CCAACAAUAUGGCGACCGGAUAGCACCAAGAUCAAAAGUGCCAUCGCGGAGUGAAUCUACAUUUCUUACUUAUACUGUUACUAUACUAUCUAUAGAUAAUGUUUAUACAUUCGUAUUCUUGAGUUAUAUUUAAAAAAUAUUGGUAACGUACAGAGAGUCAAUGUGCUCCAACGUAUGCAAUAAAAUAUGAACUUCAAGAAAUCGAGGAGACAGUUGGUCUACCGACGAAAAAGAAAAAAAGAAGGAAGUCGAACAUCGGCCGUCUCCGCGCGCUCGCCAUGGCGCGGUAAACGUUUCAAUUUCUUCGAUUUUAGUCCCGUUCUGGUCAUUACGAAAGUGCGACCGUUGACUUCGUCGACGCAGCCGUCACGGGGAACUUGAAGCAACGAGGGUUCUAAUUGAUAGAGAUGGCAGGCAAACGGACAGCGACUACCGAGCUGAAUCACGACAAUUGGAACGAGGAGCAGGAGCCGGAGGAAGCUGGAACGUUUGCGAGAGCGACGACCGAUGUACUCAGGAAGAGAGUUCUGAAAACUGCCAGGCGAGGUAAUCGAGGUUUGUUACCAGAGUUUCAGGAGGGUUCUCUGAAGAGUGCGUUCGAGAACUUCACGGGUUUCAGCACGGCUUCUGCGAAAAACGCUCCGUUCAGUUUUCUCGCUGGUGUGAGCACCAGCCCUAGCGCAAUCGUUAAUACAACGUCGAUUACGACGACUGUAAAUACCAGUAGGAGUAUUGCGAGCAACGGUGCCGCGAAAGCCACCGAGAGCGACGCGAGUAAGACGGACGAGACUGCCAAAAUGGCUCAGAUGACUCAGUCGGGCAAGCAAGUCUCUGCCGAGCAGGCAACCGAGAAGGCGGAGAAGAACUCGUCUGAUUAUUACACAAGCUUGAAGGGAUUGAACGAGAGCGUCGCGCAAUGGAUCAAUAGUCACGUGGACUCGAAUCCGUUUUGUAUAUUGACCCCUAUAUUUAAGGACUACGAGAGAUAUCUGAAUGAGAUUGUGUCGAAGGAGGAGAGCGUCAAGGCGCAGACCGCCUCGCAUCCCGCGGAGCACGCGACAAAGGCUGCGCCGAGCGAUAACAAGAAGGACGAGAACGCGGAGAAGAAGAAGGCCGACGGCAGCCUGUUCAGCGGUAAUAACAACAAUGCGAACGCGAGCACGCCGAAACCUCCCCCCCCUUCGGUUGCAGCUGAGUGGAAACCCGAAAAAUCGGUCUUCUCCAAUAUUCCUCCGGCCAAGUCGAUAUUCGGCAACACGGAGCAGAAGACGGAGAGCCCCAGAGCCACCAACACAAAGAGUCUGUUUGGCAGCACGGACGCGGCUACAGCUGCCGAGACACGCAGACCGCCGAUCUUCGGAAAUCUAGAAUCGAACACACCCGGCAAAAGCAUAUUCAGCAACGUGAAUACGGAGAAUAACCCGUUCUUGCAAAAGCCUCCUCCCGUUGCCCCAUCGGACAGCAAAGCGGAAGAGGAGCAAGCGAAAGCCGACGCGAAGCCUGCGGCAGCUCCCCCCACUUUCCCAUCUUCCACUUUCAGUUUCGGCCAGAGCUCUGCUGCUAGCAACGCGGCGACCGCUGGAUUUAGCUUUGGCAGCGGAAAGGCGUUCACUUUUGCCGCUUGCCCGGUCAAACCACAAGAACAAGAGGAAAAGACGGACAACGAUAACAACGAGGAAGAUGACGAGGAGCCACCGAAGCCCGAAUUUAAGCCAGUAACCGAGGAAGGUGCAAUUUAUGAACAGAGAUGCAAAGUCUUUGUGAAGAAAGAUGGCAGUUUCAGUGACAGAGGUAUCGGUAUGUUGUUCUUGAAACCAACACCGAAUGGUAAAACGCAGCUGAUAGUACGCGCCGAGACAGCGCUGGGCAAUUUGUUACUCAACACCUUGUUGACUCAAAGCAUACCGAUCAAGCGUAUGAACAAGAACACGAUAAUGUUGGUCUGUCUGCCAAUACCGGACUCGUCGCCGCCGCCGGUACCGGUACUGUUGAGAGUGAAAACUAGUGAGACCGCGGAUACUCUAUUUGAAACGUUAGACAAACACACAAAAUAGACAAUACAAAUCUUUCGUUUUCUCUCCGCGCGCGACUUCCAUCGGAAGUGAGAGAAUCGUUAAGAUCGUUAUCGAGGAUGCAGGCAAACGUUAUUGUUGCGAUAAAAAAGAAAAUGCGAACAAAGAAUUCGAAGUGUUGCCCGAAUAACGAAUCAGUUUCAAAUGAACGAUGUCGUAAAAUUAUUUAGCCGCUUGAGUUGAGUUUAUAAAUAGCAAAUCUACAUCCAUCAAUAAACAACUUAUCUCGAUUAGGAGUUUUGCCAAACUCUUUAUUUUAUCAUUCCACAGGAUGCGAAUUUUGCGGUUGCCCAGAAAAAUAUAUUACACUUAGACAUUACUGCGUAACUAAUGAGAACUUAGACGAGGAAGUGUCUUGACGAGCGAUCUAUCUCCCCGCUGUUGUUUUGAAGAAAUUUGUACAAAAUGUAAGUAAUUUAUCCUGUCCUCUCGCUAGAGAUUCCGUUUGAUAAGAAAUACAAUUGUCAUCAUCAAAUCAUUUCUAAAAGGAUGCCCCGAUUUAUAUAUAUAUAUGUAUGACAUGUGAAGUAAGCAUCACUAUUGUAUCAUUGAUGUAAUGAUAAUAUAUUGGAAAUAUAUGUACAUAGCGGAGAUACAUAGUGUAUAUUAUGAACCGAUUAUGUAUGAACAAAAAUCAACAGACGUGUUUGUGACAAGUUAUGCUUAUAACGACCAUUGAAAUAUUCUUUACUGUCCUUGCAGUUGAUUAUAUAAAUGCACAAAUUAUAUUGUAUUAAUUAAAGUGUAAGAGGAAGAAAGAAAACAAGGAAAUAACUUAUCAGUGCCCUUUUACGAAACGAAUUUGUCAACUUGUCUAUGAUCAUCAAGAUAACAGAAGCAUAAAAGUACUCAGUGUACCACUUCGCUAAUAUUGUGUUAAAUAUAUCAAACAAAAUUUAUGUACGUAGUUAUAUCGCGAGAUAGAUUGCACAAAUCAAUGAAUACACGGGAUAUGAGGUGAUUCAUUUUACAAUUCGUAAGGUUAUCUUAUAUAAAUUAUUGUUCUUUACUGUCAGCUUGCUUAUAAUCACGCACAGGUACUUAAAUGAGAUGAUUUUUGUCCCGAGGAAUUUUUCCUAUUUUCUUAACCAAACUACAUUUUCUUUUGAGCCAUAUAUGUGUACGAUUUGUGUGUAUCAUCUAUAUAAAUAUGUGAGAAAUAGGCUGCGAAAGGUCACCGACAAUCCUGUGCGGAUGUUUCCUGUAAUACCGAGUUUGACCGACGAUAUGGAUUCAGCGAUUUAUACGGAGAUUUUUAAUAUAGCGUAUAUUUAUUUGUACAUGUAUAAAAUACUUUAUGAAAUGUAACUUUUUACAAGAGUUCUUGUUAGCGUGAAUAUUUAGAAUUGCAUCGAACAGUACUGAUAUUUCGUUGCUUAACAGUUUCUAUCGGUGAAUACAUAUGUGUCGUUGAUGUCGGCGAAAAUAUUGCUCGUGAGAAAUGCCAGUAUCAGUGAUUUGUAAUUUAAUGAGUAUUUCAAGAUGUAGUGUGCAUAUAUAUAUAUAUAUAUACACGCGCGUGCGCGCACGCACGCACACACGCAUGCAUGCGCGCACACACACUCACACACAUACACAUACUUUGAUUCAAUAAUUUUUUCUGUGGCAAGCCAAAAUAAGAUAAAUUAAUAGUCGCGUGUGUUCUUUAAAGACACAGACAAAUUAUAAAACAUGCAAUAAAUUUCUCUUAUAAGUGA